GUCGGACGACUUAGCAGAGUUGUAGGAGUUGUCUGCGAAGCAACACAGCCAACGGUGUCCCUCGCGCGCGCAAAUACCAUUUUCUUUGCCGUUUUCGGUGUCGUGGAAUUAUUCGUAUAUUUUAGGAAUAAGAACAGAACCACGCAGAACACUCAAUCAUGAAUGACGCGCGAAGUGGCCCUACUCGGAUGCCACAAUCGGAGCGUUUUUAGGGUGGAAAAUGCCAUUCCGUUCUCACUUGGUGAGUCGUUUCUGCGCCAAGAGAAAUAACGAAGAAGAAUGUUGGCUGGCGGCAGCUCAUAAAAUGGCGUCGGUAAAGAAUAUCGUUUUUGCCUGACGCGGUUCGCUUCGAUGGUGCUUUCGAGUUGGAACGCGUGUUAUCAACAAAAACUUUUUAUCAGUGGCGAUAGCAGUGGGUUUCGACUCAUCCGUGCAUGGCCAAUGUAUUCGAAUGUGCGAUGUGCGUAAAAGUAUUAGAAAACAAAAAGUGAAAUACUCGUCAUCCUGACCAAUAAAGUAAAAAUAACCCUAUUGUGCAAGAUAAAAAGUGAAAUCAAAGUGACUUCAAAGCAUAUUGUGUAGCAAUUCAGAGUGCUUGAUAAUAAUAAUUAACUGAUAACGAAGCCAGCCAAGGUGUAGAUAACACCGCCAGUGAAAAUGUGUGCGGCGCAAACAAAUCCACCGACGAGUUUCAACUAUACAUGGGGCUUCGCGGACAAUUCUCGCACGGAAUCCGUUGUCGAGAUUAGCCCCAACAUAAAUUACACCGUAAGCGAUGCGACGAUGCCAUACUUGCAGCUACCGGACGGGGCUAGCAUUAUCGUGCAGAAGGAUGCCAAGGGGACGAUCACACACGCCAACAAGGGCCUCCGGCGGAUGAUCGUCGUGAACGAUCCGUCCGCGAUCCAGCAGGGCACGCAGCGCAUUAUCACGACUAGUGGAACGACGGCCACCGUGACCGGCCAUCCAGCAGUGAAAAAACACGAAAUCAUAAAUCAAUCUAACUCCGCUCUAGCCAACGGAAUCAUCGACUCGAAGACCAAAACCAUCCUGACGACGAGUGGGAAUGCGGCGUUCAUGUCUCCGCUGGGCCCGAUUCAGCUAACGGCAGAAGAAUGCAACGACAUUCUGAUGAAGCGCGCUGCAGCAGCAGUUGCCGCCAAUAAUCAACAUGCCAUCACAACUAACACCAAUGACCACCACGCCGCAAUCGCCGUCCAGGUACAGAAAGUUAUACAAGGUUUGGAGGAAAACGAUGAUUCAGAGACCGCAACCACCACACAUCAGUUGAAAAUUGAACCGACCCUAAGUAUUUCACCAAAGCUGGAAGCAGUGGAAAUUGAUUAUAAUGAAUAUGUGCAAGACUCCGACACACCGACGCCCAAUGUGGUCCCCAAGGAAAGGCCCUAUUCUUGUGAUCAGUGCGGAAAGUCCUUCCUGUUGAAACACCAUCUGACAACACACGCCCGAGUCCACACUGGUGAACGACCUCACGUGUGCGUCCACUGUGGCAAGGAUUUCGCUCACAAGCAUUGUUUAAACACCCAUCUGCUGCUGCACUCCACCGAUCGCCCCUACCAGUGCCAGGAGUGUAAAAAGAGCUUCACGCUGAAGCAUCACCUGUUGACCCACUCGAGAGUUCACAGCCGGGAGCGACCGUUCGUGUGCCAGGAAUGCGGCCGAUCGUUCCCGCUGAAGCGGCAUCUGGUAACGCACAGCAAGUUCCAUGCCGGCGAGCGUCCUUACGUGUGCGAAGAUUGCGGAGAAAGUUUCGCCCAGAAGGAGCAUCUGGUGAUGCAUUCGCGUUUCCACGGCUCGUUGAAUCCGUUCGUGUGCCCGGACUGUGGGGCUACGUUCCCGCGUAAAUUCCAACUGGUGAACCACGGCAAACUGCAUGGUCGCAUUCCACAUUCGUGCACCCUGUGCGGAAAGGAGUUCCUGCAGAAGCGGACACUGGCUGCUCAUAUGAGAAUCCACACCGGUGACCAGCCGUUCCCAUGUAUUGCCUGUGGUGAAGGUUUCCGCACCAAGUCGGAGCUGAAUGCCCACAAUCGAUUAACACACGGCGGAGUAAACCCAAAUUCGUCAGGCACCACCAUCAUUACUAACAAUACGGUAGUCACAACCAACGCCCAGAACCAACAGGCUCAACAACAACAGCAGCAGCAACAACAAGUACAGCAAGCUCAGGCCCAACAGCAACAGCAGCAGCAGCAACAACAGCAGCAACAGCACCAACAGCAGCAACACAUCGAGGUUCAACAGAUUCAACACCAUCAAGGGCAACAGACCGUCCAAGAUGUUACCACUGGUAAUAUCAUCACCACGAUAGCCGCCAGCCAAAGUUCACCGGAAACCUCUCCGCGGCCGCAGUAUGCCUGUCGGGAGUGCGGCAGUGCUUUCAACAGCCGCGAAGCAUUGGCCCUCCAUCUGCGUCUACACACUGGCGACAAGAACUUGAUGACGGACCUUUGCGCCCUCACGGCGGCCAUUCCCGGCCACUUGUUCCCAUCUGUUAAUCAAGAAUAUUCAUUAAUAGGAGGUGGCACUACCGUUGUUAGCACAAAUCCUGUAAUGUCAUCAUCUCCCGUUCCAGUACAAAUAAUCACAUCCUCUGGGCAGGUGGUACAGCAAACGCUACAACCACAGAGCCCACCACAGCAGGUACAAGUUCAACAUCAACAGACCCAGCAACAGGUACAGCACCAACAAGUUCAACAACAGGUGCAGGUCGUUCAGCAGCCUGCACAGGUUCAACAGGUCCAGCACCAGCAGACGGUUGUCGUCGCACAACCGAAACCCAAGUCCCACUAUUGCGGCCACUGCGGCAAAGGAUUCGCGGCCAAACAUGGACUGUUGCUGCACAAUCGACGCCACCCCAAUGGAGGUUGUACCGUGAGAACGCAUGUUUGCGAGUGCGGUAAGGCCUUCUUCCAGAAAAAUCAUCUCAUGCUGCACCAACGUCAGCAUCUGGAACAAAGUCAACGAACUGGCCAGGGCCAGGCGCAGGCGCAGGGUCAACAAGGACAGCCCCAACAACAGCAGCAACUGGUUGUUAUACAACAGACGAACCAAGAUGCCCUGGUUCAGCAGCAGCAAGCCGCCCAGCAACAAGCACAAGCGCAGCAACAGGCCCAGCAGCAGCAGCACCAACUGCAGCAACAGGCGCAACAGCAGGCACAACAGCAGGUCGCGCAGCAGAAUCAGAACAAUCAGCAGCAGCAGCACACGAUGCGCAACCUGGUUAUCGCCAACCAGCCCGUGCAGGUACAAUAUGUUCAGGUUCUCGAGAGCAACACCGCCCAGGUUAUCAAGUACGAAAUUAUCCACGACUCGUCAAGGAAUUCGAAUGUUGAGUGAGAAGAGGCUAUGCUCCGUAUAACCAAACCGGAUGGUACGGAGGAAAUGAAGAAAGU